AUUACCACCGUUUCUCACUCGGGUCCAGUCUUUGGAGCAGUCGGGGUUCAUUUCCGCUCGGUUCACACAGAAAACCACUCGUAACUUUUCUGCAGCGAAGGCCGCCGCCAUGUCCAACAACAAUGCCAGCAACAACCUAAUAAUCGCUCAGAGGGCCGUGAAGCAGCUCCGGUUAGAGGCCAGUAUCCGGAGGAUCAAGGUAUCCCAGGCUGCUGCUGAGCUGAGAAACUUCUGUCUGCAAAAUGCCCCCAAGGACCCUCUCCUGGUCGGGGUCCCCUCCAGUGAUAAUCCCUUCAGACCCCCUAAGUCCUGCUCCCUGUUCUGAGUAGUUUUUGUUUCUGUCUCCAACAGAAGGAAGCGUGGAAGGCUUUCAUUACUUCUACGCGACGUCUCUGUAGAUCCACCAGCUCCCCUCGGGAUGAUGCAACGCGGGAAUGAUGGAUGGGGUGGGUGGUGGUGUGGGGGGG